AUGAACCUCUACAAAUACUUCCCAUCCGGGGCAGCUGCCAUCAUAUUUUUUAUUGCCUUCGUCAUCGGAGGUGCUUGGCACCUCUACAUCAUCGUCCGCAAGCGAGCGUGGUAUUUUACACCAAUGCUGAUCGGAUGCAUCUUGGAGCUGGCUGGCUACAUGGCCCGCUUUCUCUCCUCUAACGCCCCAGAUGAGACUGGCUUCUUCAUGAUCCAGACACUCUGCCUCCUCGUAGCACCCGCCCUCUUUGCCGCCUCCAUCUAUAUGGUUCUUGGACGUCUCAUUCUCCAUCUCCAGUCCGCAUCUCUCUCUCCUAUAAAGCCCUCACGGCUCACAAAGAUCUUCGUUAUCGGCGAUAUCCUCUUCUUCAUUGUGCAAAUCAUGGGUGCCGGCAUGUUGGCCAGCACCAGCACCAUGAACACUGGGAAGACGGUCAUUCUGCUCGGUCUGGCGGUUCAACUGAUAUUCUUUGGCUUGUUCGUUGCCGUCACGGCCGUGUUCCACUCGAGGAUGUCCAAGCAGGUGCCAGCGGCCGUGAUGGAGGAGGAGGCACACACCGGAUGGGGGCGACGAUUCAGCGGCUGGAGAGGCGUCAUGAGUGUGCUCUAUAUCGCCAGCGGUAUGAUAUUUGUCCGCUCACUGUUCCGACUUGCCGAGUACGUCGAGGGCAAUGAUGGCGUGUUGCUCGGCACCGAGGUGUUUCUCUACAUAUUUGACGCCCUGCUCAUGCUCGGUGUCGUGGCCAUUACAGCCGUCUUCCACCCGGCCCAGUACGUUGCAAGAAAGAAACAGCUUGUCGAGUUGCAAAGCAUGGAACGCACCUACUGA